AUGAAUUAGAUCCGUGAAAAUUAUUUGUCUCAUCCACCUAUCCUCUUCCCAAUGAAAAUAAUCGUCACGAUUCAAGGUCGCGAUCCGAUUUCAGAAUGUGCAGUUUUUUUAAAAAAUUAUUAAUAUCGUGGUGAAUGUUGCGGCAUCUCGCGGCUUCAAAUGGGGUGGGGGUCAUAAUACCCAUAAUUUAUCAUAUGUAGGGAUCGAUAACAAACGUCCGUAUUUAGACGCGCGAUUAAAACGUCGGUCGUAAGAAUCGGCGUCCAAGAAUCGAUGUUAAUCGGCGCAUAAUUACACCCCUAAUUGAUAUAAAUGCGUGAACACGGAAUAAGGGAUGCGCAAUUUUUAUUGCAUUUUUUUUUUUAGCGCGCGCGCUCUCGCUCUCCCCUUCCCCUCCCAUGGCGGCAGAGAAGUGAGCGCGUCUUCGUCAGGAGUGAACGAUGGGGAGUUUGUCCCUGGCAGGAGUCUUGCUCAGGGUGGUGGUCUGGAGCCUCGUGGGAAAAUUAUUCAGCCACGCAAAAUCUCCGAGUUCAUCCGCCAGGGUUCUGCUAACGGGGGCGCCCAAGAAUCUGGAAGUCAUGUGCCACCCGACAACGGUGGGAUUUUUCUUUUGGCAGGGUGGAGGGCCCGGAACGUCGUACAGAGUUCUGCUUCUCGAUUCGCAGAAUGCCGACGUUCCCGCCGAGUCCUUGGCGGAGGAAUGUGGAUAUCGUCUCGAUAGACAUCCAGGCUGCAUGCAAUUCACAGCGCCCAACGGCGCAUGUAACGUGAAGACGCAGAAUGAGCAGAGAACGUUAACUAUUAAGCUGGAGGAGAACUGGCUGGGUAAAAAGCAGAGGGACUGGACAUUCACCGUGAGAUGUCCGAUGCACAUGAGAUCUUUGCGUGCUGGAGCGGGAAGGGCUGCUGCUGCCGCCACGUGCACGCCUGUGAACGGACUGCAUCGCUGCGGAAUCGCUCCGACGACUCGUGACGAAUGCGUGCAGAGGGGCUGCUGCUACGACCCCGUGCAGCAGUCGUGCUUUUACGGGGAACCAGUUUGUACGAGCGACGGGCGCUUCGUGAUCGCCGUCUCCCGGCACGUGACCUCGCCGCCGCUGAACCUGAGCACCCUACACCUGCGUGGCGAUCGCCAAAGCUGCGGACCCGUGGUGACGGCCACCGACUUUGUCGUCUUCAACUUCUCCAUGAGUUCUUGUGGCGCAACAACUCGGUGGGUUGGAGAGGAGCUCGUCUAUGAAACGCAGCUGAUCGCCGACCACGAGCUGUGUGUCGAUGGAAAUGUCGCCAUCACAAACUCCGCGACAUACAAGUUGGUACUGCAGUGCCGAUUCCAUGGGAAGGACGACCUACAAUUGGGAGUCACUGUGGCAACACUUCCUCCUCCCCGCCCGGUGACCGGGGCAGGCCCUCUAUACCUGGAGCUACGGAUUGCACGGGACGGAAGAUACCUGGACUACUACUCGCAGUUCCCGGUCGUCAAGUUCUUGAGGGACCCCAUCUUCCUGGAGGUUCGGCUCCUGGACCACCCGGACCCAAACCUCGUGUUGGUGCUGCAGGACUGCUGGGCCACGCCGACACCGGACCCCCUCAACAGCGUCCAGUGGAGAGUCCUGGACAACCACUGCCCAUUUUCUGGAGACGACUACCAGACAGUGUUGCACCCAAUGAGCGAGUUUCCCAGCGUACUCCUCUCUUCUCACUACAAGCGCUUUGAAGUCAAAACAUUCGUCUUCACUGGGCCACAAGAUGCCAUGGUGCCCUAUGGAAAGCUCUACUUUCACUGCAGUGCUUACGUGUGCAAGGGGGGGGAUGAAUCUUCCUGCGUUCCUGGAUGUUCCUCCAAGUUUAAACGCCACUUGACUACAAAGGAUGGAGACGUCGACCUGUCGCUCGUGACUGCUAAUGAACCGGUCCUGCUUGUGCAGGAGGAAAAACGUUCUCAACAUCUCACGAAUGAGAGCGUUGGUGACGACGGGUCCACCCUGGCCAACGCUGCCAUCACGUUGUUCUUUGGCAGUGUCGUCGUCAUCGCUUGUGCGAUGUACUACCGCCGUCUCUGCACUCAGCGGGGGCUUUUUGUGCCGAAGAGACCAUCUCCAAUGUUGUCAAUGGUUAAUACAGAACAGUGGUGCGGUUCUGAAUACUGACUUGAAUUUGAUAGUAACUUUAAACUUUGGUAUGAAUGUAUUUAAAAAAAUAAAUUUAAGAUUUUUUGUACGUUGGAAAAGCCUUUAACUUAAAAUGAAUUUGAAACGGAUCACAUGAGGCAAUGUACUAAAGUAAUACUGUGUACUGUGCGAGUUAAGAUGUGAACAACAAAAAUACUGAAUAGUGGUAUGGCAGGCAUAACUACAAAAAAAAUGCCACAUUAAAGCUGCUUCAUAAUGGCUAAAUAUAGGCUAAUGUUUUGGGUACGGGGCCCUGUUUUGAAUAAUGCUUGAAUGGGGUCGAUGGAGACCCUGGAAAAUAUCCAAUGUGCAUUAUCCAUAAUUGGCUGCACUGACGUGGUGCAUUGCUCACGGCACCCCUGGUGGCUUCCUGAAGUUGCCCCUUUUUGCAUUAGUGUCAACCUAUCUGCUGGAGAUUGAUGUGUGCAUGUGCAAUUCGUAUAUCGAACGGGCUGCUGCAAGGUAAGCCUUGUAUAACUAUGCUGUUGUCGAUAUGGGUAGGUGACUUUUGUCGAAAACAAUAGCUGAAUCUAUAAACACGAACAGGAUUCAGCAGGCUAUAUUCCCCAACUAUAUUUUGCUUCGUAUGGCAUUUCGCAUUGCCAUAUCAGACAAACCUAUAAACAACUUGUUUAAUGGUCUUAUUGCCGGGUCCCCAAAACUCCCCAGUCCUUGGGCCUUGCCAAAGUCUCUUAAAUUUACCAAUCUUGUUUUAAAUAGUGUUGCUGUGUGCGUCAGAUUGCUCAACAUGCCCCACAACGUAUUGGGCACUGAUGUAAAUCAAAAUAACGUAGCCGUAUGCCUCCCCCCCCCCCCACCUGACCUAAAAUCACUCAAAGUAGUUUGCAUUGGCGGUGCUCCUUUCCUCGUUCGCAGACAUGAGCCAUUGAAUCGUGUGGAUGUAGCCCCCCCCCCCCCCCCCCCCCCCCCGUUCUUGCACGAGUUUUUGUUCCGUUAUUCUGUGCGAAGCUUGUAUGUUGUCCUCCCCCACUUCUGCAUGGGUUUCUUCCAGGGUUUCUGGUUUCCUCCCACAGGACCCCCCCCCCCCCCCCCCCCCAUUUAAAUGCAAUCUAUAUUGGCCAAACAUACCAAUUACCUGCUAUUUCCUCGGUUGGGAUGACGCGCAUCAACAUCGCUGCCUACUGCUAGGGCUGUCCUGACCAUGAGGCUUGAGGCCUGGCGAUGAUUUUGUGGGUAAAUGAGCCAAACAAAAUGAUGAACAGUACUGUACUGAAAAUAAAAAUAAAAACUACUCCAAUUCAGUCUCAAUAGGCGGCUAGCAAGCGAUUGCAACCAGACGAUCGCGACUAUCAUUGCUCCGUAUCGAGUCGUAGACUCAAGGACACGGUGGGAAACGCGUGCUAAUUGUUCGGACUUUGCUCCUUGCACAACUGGUUGGUUUUGUUGGCACAAGCAACAUGAGAACAUUUUCAAUAAACCAUCAGCCGUGUAGAACGUG